AUGGCAUUGGACUUUUGGAAGGGCCUCUUGCUGGUCACGGGGCUUGCCCUGCUUGCGGGAUUCUUUCUAAUAACCCACCAGAGAUGUUUCUUACUGGGCCGAUGCGCUCAAGUACCGACCGUCAAAUCUAGUUUGCUGGGUAUCAGACUGUACAGGGAAUGGGCGCAGGAUCCAAUAGCGUUCCUGGAAGCAUCAGCCAGAAUACAUGGCGGCAUACUCAGAGUACGAACGAUAUUCUCCACGACGUAUUGGUUGACGAACAAGAGCUUGGUCCGGAUGUUUUUCUAUAUGGGCGAAGAUGUCUGGUCGUACGGAGAUUCAUUAAGACUCUAUCUGCACCGAGUCGCAGCGUCAGGAUACUUUUCACAUUUCCACAUCUGGGCCAAUGUAGCAUUGAGAGGGCUUACACGAACCGAUGCGCAAAAAUAUCACAGGACUGUCGCUGCCCGCGAGACCAGUCUUGCUCUUCGGCAUUGGUCCCAGCGAUCUGACAUCCAGCUCUUUAGCUCUGUGUCUUACCUGAUCCACCGUAUUAUUGUCGCAACCAUCCUGGGGUCCGACUUUUAUGAGAAUGACCUCGAUAGAAUUUAUCAUCUCAUGCUUGUUAUAGUAAAAGAAGCGAAUGACAGCUUGAGCUCAUACUGGCCGAAUUGGCUCUACAGUUCCGUCAAUGGACACGAGGCAAAGUUACGUCUAGAUCAGAUAUUCCAAGACAGGCUCGAACAGCGAGAACGGCGACUGAACGUGAAGAGCGGUGACAUGGACUACUUAUCAUUUACGGUGCAGGACCCAACGACGGCUCACCUUAGAGGACACUUUACAAUGCAUUUCAUCGUUCUUUGGAUCUCUAUACAUAAGAACACAACAUCAAUGGUUUCUUGGACAUUACUGGAGCUACUGAAGUCACCUCGCCGCCUCAAUACACUUCGCCUCGAUCUCCAGCACUCUGAUCCACUCCGAUCACCCGUACUGUCUGCCUACCUGAAUGAGACCCAUCGCCACUACAGCUCAGCGUCCUGUGUCCGCAUUUCUCAGAAGCGCACUUCUCUAUCCUCCCAUCCAGGCGCACCAAGGAAUGAAAUCCCGAGCCUCCCAGACAUACCCGCUGGUGCUCGGGUUGCGAUCUCGCCAUAUCUCAUACACCACGACCCCGCGACAUGGCUUCUACCGCAAAUAUACUAUCCAGAACGAUGGCUCGAGGAUGUAGACUUGCCGCAGAGACUGAAUACGAACAGAGUCGCUAACUACCUUCCUGUGGGCGAGUUCGAUAGAUCAGGCGGGGAGAUGUGUCAUAGAGUGAGUGCAGCUGUGAUUGCGGAGGUUGUGAGAAGAUCAGAUAUACGUUGGGGCGGCGUGGGAGCGUUACAGGAUACGACGUCUUUGGACUGGAGAGGCUGGGGAGCGCCCUGGUUGAGAGGCGAUGUGAGAGUGAAGUUCGAAGCAAGGUGA